AUGAGUAAAUACGAAAAGUUCAAAAUCUACUCCAGAGCCUCUGAGAGACCAAUUCGCAUCUACAGCUUUGGGAUCGGGGAUGACUCUUCUUUCGAGGCGGAGAUGCUAAGCCGCUCCACCACAGCUGAGAUUUAUGGCUUUGACGAUACGGUCGAUGGCUGGGGCGCGGGACUCGAAGCAUAUCCCAAUCGGACGCAUUUUUUCAAGACGGCUGUUGCAGAGUACGACUACUACGAUGAAGAAGAGAAGACGGAUUUUCUGUCAAUCAAGAGUAUCAUGAAGAAGAUGGGACACGAUUACGUGGAUCUCAUAAAGAUGGACAUUGAAGGGGAUGAGUUCCCGACGUUGGAGUCUUUCCUGGGAGACUAUGCACAAGGUGGCCAGCUUGAGGGCAAGGAGGUCCCGGUUGGGCAACUGGUGAUUGAGAUUCAUGUGCCCGAGAAGGGGCCCCAGAUAAGCCAGUUUGCGGGGUGGUGGGAAAAGAUCGAGAGGUGUGGCUUCAGGCCUGUUUGGAGCGAAGCAAAUCUUCUCGCUGUCACGGUUGGAGACGGCAAGCCGUGCUGUUUUGAGCAGAAGCAUCUUGUGGGAAAGGGGAAGCAAGGCUAA